AUUGUGUUGCUGUUGAUGAUGAUUGUUUUCAAAAUUUACUUAAUGCUAUUUUGUCAGUAUAAUCCAUAAUUAUUAAGUAGCUAUCUCACAAUAUUACUGAUCAUUUACUAGAAUUAAAGCACUGAAGUAUUUUAACUGACUAAAAAUUAAUAAAAUGUCGUGUUGCGAUGGAGAGGAUGAAGAAGAACAACAACCUGAACCAACUAGAGUUCGAGGAUGUACUGAUAUUUUUUGGUUGUGUUUAUUUAUAAGUUUUUGGUUUCUUAUGAUUAUGAUUGCUGCGUUUGCGUUGGUCUAUGGUAAUCCAAUGAGACUUGUCCAUGGUUACGAUAGUUUUGGAAACACUUGUGGAAUGAAAAAUAACCCUGUAUCGAAACGAGUUGAUUUGUAUAGCUUAGAUAACAGCGAUAAACCAUUUUUAUUUUUCUUUGAUAUGAACGAUAUUAAGCAGUCAUUAAAAAUCUGUGUGAAAAAGUGUCCAAAUCGUAUCAUGACUUCAUUAAACGAUAUUUGUCAAUUUCAUAAAGAUACCGGCUCAAAAUUGUGUUAUGAUAAUCCUAAAUUUGGAUAUAAUGCAUGUGGCUACGGCGAUAAAAGCAAUUCUACAGCGUGCCCGAAACUUCCAAUUUACGAUAGCACUCCAAUUUUAAAUCGAUGCGUACCAAAAAUUAUUAAAGAUGUUACAUCUGGUCUCGUUUACAAUUUAUAUGGUUUACUUAAUUCUUGGGAUGUUAUCGAACAAAUUUUAGGAGAUUUGUACAAGACAUGGAGAGAAAUUUUAGGCUUAUCUUUUCUGGCUUUUGUCUUAUCAUUACUUAUGAUUGCAAUCUUUCACUUACUCGCUAGUCUUGUUACAUGGAUCGUAAUGGUAUUAGUUAGUAUAUCGUGUAUAUGCGGUACUAGUUUAUUAUGGUGGACUUACGCAGAUAUUAGAAGAACUAUAGACAAUACGAAUCCAACUGAAUUACUUGAAGAAUCCGUAAGAAAUGAAACUGCUUUUCUAGUAUUUUCAAUUAUUGCUACGGUUAUAACAAUAAUUUUAAUCUUACUUGUGUGUAUACUUCGGAGAAAAAUAAGUUUUAUGACUGUUCUUUUUAAAGAAAGUGCUAAAUGUCUUGCAGAAUUACCCGGAUUAUUUUUUCAACCUUUACUGACAUUUUGCACUCUUUUAAUAUUUUAUAGUUUUUGGGUCACAAUUGUUAUAUGUCUAGCUACAGCAAAUCAUCCUGGUAAUAAAUCCAUUUUUUUAUUAAAUACUUCUGGAGAUAUUCAAUUAUUAAAUCCUCAUUUUGACCAUACUGCUGUGAGAGAAACGCAAAAAUCCAAUUUAACUAUUAGUGAAUUCUCCAAACUCACUCUUGUUGAAUACGUUGAUGCGGUUUGGGUCAAGUACAUGUGGUGGGUAUACAUAAUAGCCUUGAUAUGGGUAUCAGAAUUUAUCACUGGGUGUCAAAAUCUUGUAGUUGCUGGUGCAGUCGCUCAUUGGUACUUUAGGGGUAAAGAAUCUAGUCGAUCACCAACCUGUUCUUCAAUUGGAAAAUUGGUUAGCUACCAUUUAGGUUCUGUAGCUUGUGGUUCCUUUUUAAUAACAAUUUUUAAGCUUCCUCGUUUAAUUUUAAUGUUUUUACAUCAGAAGUUUGAAAAAACUAAGGAAACUUCAGUAUGUUCACAAUGUGGUUUGAAGAGUUGUAUUUGUUGUUUUUACUGCUUGGAAAAAUUUAUACGAUACCUGAAUCACAAUGCUUAUACGGUCGUCGCUAUUGAAGGUGCAAGCUUUUGUCGUGCUGCUAAAAUUGCAUUUUCAACUACAGUUAGUAAUGCUUUACAACUUGCCGUUAUUAAUGGCAUUGGAGAUUUUAUUUUAUUCUUGGGGAAGAUUUUUGUAACAGCAGCUACAGGAAGUAUUGGACUGUUGAUUAUGAAACGAGAUCCUAGAUUACAUUUUUAUGCAGCACCUAUUUUGUUAAUUUUCGUUUUCUCUUUCUUUAUCGCACAUUGUGUAAUAUCUCUAUAUGAGACGAUAAUAGAUACAUUAUUUUUAUGUGUCUGUGAGGAUAAGAAUCUUAAUGGUGAGAAUGGUAAAUGGCGACAAUCAAGUCUAGCCCAGAUAGGAUCUGCUAACACAAGUUCAAAUGGACAACAUGAAUUAGCUCCUAUGAAUCAAUAACAUUCAUUUUUCACAUUUCUAAAACUACUUUAGCUAUUUCAUAAACUUUAAGCUAGAAAAUUUGUAACACAAGUAUAGAUAAUAAUCAUUAAUUAUAUUUUUUUAUACAAAUUACAUUUAAUCAUAUUGAAAAUUUCUACUAUAUUUUUUUUAUUAUUUCAUUACACAAUAAGAAUUUUUAAUGAAACGGUGAAAGAAUCAAAUCAAAUCAGUGUAUCAGUAAAAAAUUUCCAAGUGUAGGCAAGGCACACUAAGAAAGUAUUAUAUUUCUCUAAUAAAUAUUUCUUUAUUAAACGAAUUAAUUUUUUAAUAGUUGUCAAAGUAUAAAUAUAUAUGUCAAGCUCUUGAAAUUGAUCAGAACACCACUUUUUUUAAGGUCUGGACAGUAAAAAGGAAAUAACUAGAAAGUUAUUUGGAGUUUGAAAAAACUUUAUGAGAAAUAAUUUUUAGGGAAUAAAAUUAUCUACAAAAAAGAUCUUAUAACAUUUUGUGAUAAGUUUAGUAGUUUUGCUAGAAAAGUAAAAAGAUCUCGAAAGUUAUCAUAAAUUUGACUUCAAGCUCCAAUAAUUUUUGAACAAAUGAAUUUAUCAAAACAUCACAAGAACUUUUUUUUGUAGAGCGUUUGAUACCUUACGAAAAUAUGUCCUGAACUUAUCUGUACAAUAAGCCAUUGCCGAAGCAUAAAAUUCCAAGCUUAAAAAUUUUUUUUCUCAUGUUAUUUAAAUGGAAAAUCAAAAAUUACGAAGAAGCACCUCUUAAUAUUAAUAUUAAAGGCUCAAACUUUACCAGAACUUUUUUUUUAUCAUCUUCAACAAUAUUUUCCCGGUAACUAAAGAAAGAAAAAUUAGUUUUUUUUUGGCCCACCCUAUUAUAUAUAUACUAGCCGUUACCUGCCCGCUUCGCUGGCCAUUUUCUAAUGUGAGAUGGCCAUAUAUUUUGUUUUGAUUAUUGAUCUUAAAGUCCUCCCGGGAAAAAAUGAUCAGAUCUGAUCAGAUAUGAACAGGCAUGAGUCUUCAGGUCUAAUCAGAUAUGAAAAAUGACCAGGUCUGACUAGGCCUGGCCAGGCAUGUUCAGGUCUGAUCACGUAUGUUCAUGUCUCUUCAAGCCCACCCGGGUAAAAAAAUUAUAGGAAAAAAAUGGCCCUAUAUAAUCAUAUGUAAUUAUUUAUAGCUAUAUACAAUUAUAUAUAAUUAUUUCAAUAAAAAAAAAAAAAUUCGGGCUCAUGCAGGAUUGAAACCGUGGACCUUGCGUUCGAAUGUUUAACUCGCUCCCCGUUGACCUAAGAAAUUGACUUAAAAAGUAAGUUUCGUAUGGAAUUCAAGUAAUAAAAAUCUUAUACGUGAUAGAUUCUUGGUCAACAAAAUUUUAUAUCUAAUUUAUUAAUUAUUGAUUUAUAAUUAUAUGAAAUUAUAUAUAAUUAUAACUACGUUAGCUAUAUAUAAUUAUAACUAAGUUAGUUAUAUUUAAUUAUAACUAAGAUUUCAAAUUUAAUCCCAUAUAUUAGGCUGGAUCAGACAUGAACAGAUAUGAUUAGACCUGAGCGUAUUUAACGCUUCAGACAUGAACAGGCAUGGUCAGGUACGAUCAGUCCUGAACGUAAUUAACGCUUCAAACAUGAACAGAUAUGAACAGGCAUGGGCAGGUAUGAUCAGGCCUGAGCGUAUUUAACGCUUCAGACAUGAACAGACCCAGGGGCUCAAAUGCUUUCAAAUGGAUAAAAAAAAAUCCCUCAAAAUUUGACCUCUUAAUAUUAACUUUAAAAUAGUCCGCAUACCAACCAAAGUAUCUUAUGGAAAUGACAUGGGAAAAAUUUCUUUCGUUCUUUAGAAUUUUCUAACUCGGGGACAACUAAUUCUAACAUCAUGAGACAUACAUAUUUUCAUAGCGAACUUAAUGCUCUACAAAAACGGUAUCUUAUGGUUUCUCGCUAUGUUGAUUGGUUCAAAAGUUAUUCGAGCUCAAAAUUUGAUUUUUAUAUAAAUGUUAAUAUUAAGCAUAUUUAUAAAAUAAACCUGUGUUACGAAAUUCA